GAAUACACGGAAGCAGGAAAUAGGCAUGUUCUGGUGCACCUGACGCGGAGUCAAACCGUCUUGUUAAAACAUAGCACGUUGAUUUAAUUCUUGCAGCCAGUGGUCACUAUGUCAGAGAAAGAUGAGGAGACAUUCAAGUCUGUGGACUUGGAGCAGCAAACCGAAAAGUCUCCGGAACCAGACAUCAAUCCUCAAGAAUCUCCAAGUGAAACAGAAGCAGAUAAACCCAGCACACCUUCUACAGAAGCCAAGGCAGAAAGCACCCCCUCUACACAUACUUCAGCAGCUAAAGUUAAAUGGACAUCAUCUGCGGAACAGUUUAAACUGAAGAGAUUUUUUGUCCUCAGGCCUGGAACACUGGACCAUGGCAUUGAGGAUGUUAAAGCUCUGGUGAAUCCCACAGAAGAUGGUGCUGUCCAGAGUGUCUGGCUCAUGGCUGAAGUUGAUCAUUGGAACAAUGAGAAAGAGCGAUUGGUGCUCAUCACAGAGAACACCCUCCUCGUCUUCAAAUAUGACUUUGUCAUGCUUAACUGUGAGCAGAUUCAGAAGAUUCCACUCAACUAUAUCGACCGCAUCUGCCAUGGUACCUUCUGCUUUCCACCACGUUCCCUCCUGACGAGAGAAGGUGAGGGUGUGCGGGUGUUUUGGGACAAACUCAGAGAACCGUCUUUCACUUCCCGUUGGAAUCCUUUUUCUGUUGACUAUCCGUUCACUACAUUCACCUAUCACCCUGUCAAGAGUGCCAAUGAGGAGCUGGGCCACCUGUGUGAUAUUCAAAACUUCAGGGAACAGCUGACUUCAGCAGCACAGAAAGCCCACAGCAAGAAUCCUGUACCUGGGAAAGCCAACGGGGUUCUUCUGCUGAAUCAACCCAUCCUAGUCGAAGCAUACGUGGGUCUGAUGUCUGUUAUAGGAAACCAAAACAAGUUGGGCUAUUGCUUAGCACGAGGCAAUAUUGGUUUCUGAGGGCACUUUGAGUCUUCCAGUGAUGGUUUACACUAAGUAAUUCUCUUAUACCAGCUGAGCAUGUGUAAUUUAUACUUAUAUAAGAUAAUGAAUAUUAAUAUGGCUAUUUUAAAUCAAGGUGAAUGUAUAAUUUGUAUUCUUAAAAUACAUUCAGUGUCCAUCAAACCUUUUAGUUUCAUCUAGUUAUAUUGCCCCAAGAUCUUAACAAUGUCUAUCAGUCAUUUCCUUUGGGUUGUGUCAUAACAUACAAAGUGUUGUCCCUCCUCCUACGACUUCCUGUGUAGCAAUAUCUUGUUUUUAGUUUUCUGUUUUAGUUAUUUCUCUGCAGAAACUGAUUCUUCGCAAUGUAAUUUGUAAAGUGCCUUUCCUUUCUUUCUGUGUUUAUGCUGAUAUUCUACCUCAUCACAAGGCUUCUUACAAGGCAAUUGAUGCAUGAAGGUACACAAGUCAUUUUUUUAUAUAGUUUAGAGUUUAUUAUUAUAGUAGAACACAGUGCUGGAUUUUCCCUCAUCUUGUAAUUACUACAUUCACUCAGUCGUCUUGAUUUGUUUCUACAGCAGAAUGUUAAACAUACUGUGGUCUUUUUAAAAAUAAAUGGUAAAACAGAAACUUGGUUCAUUAGUGCUGAACAUAAUAUAUUUACAUUAACUACAAUUAGGAAUAAUUCAAUAAAACGUGUGCUUCAUUUAUCUGAAUAGUCUGCACGAUUUUGAUUUAUAUGGCAUUUCUAAGGUAUAGGGCAAGUGGCCAGUG